AUGGCGUCAACUUCGUCUUCGGAUGUCGAUUCUAUUCUCUCUUCAUCUCGUCUACCCACUAGUGUUCCCUCGUCGCCACCCCCCGCCGAUGAUUUAGACAGUCUCAAAAUGGGUCUUACUUCAACUUUCACUGAGCAGCAAAUGCUCACCGAAGAGAAGAAAGCCAGAGCCGAGAAUACCAGAGUAGAGGCAAAGCGACUCGCCGCUCGGAGGAAACGUAAAGUUCAACUCUCUCCCCAGGAGAGGGCUCGCAAGGCUAAGGAACUCGACGAGCUCCUCCGCAAAAGUAAAGUCUUUAGCGACAUUUUAACGCAGAAGACCAAAGCUCUUGGUCGUGUCGGCCGCGACUUUGAUAACCAGGCAUUGGCCGAUGCUGGUUUGAAUUUAAAACAACAACCGAAAAUUAUGAGUGGCGGAACUAUGCGCGAUUACCAACUUGAAGGUCUUACGUGGAUGUACGAGAUAUGUUUACAAGGCCUUAGUGGUAUAUUAGCAGAUGAGAUGGGUUUAGGGAAAACGAUUCAAGUCAUUUCUCUCGUCGCAUUGCUAAGAGAACAGGAGAACUAUUUCGGCCCGCAUCUAAUCAUCGCUCCGUUAAGUACGUUAUCAAACUGGCAGGACGAAUUCCGCAAGUGGACUCCUACAAUACCGUUCGUAUUAUAUCACGGUACUCCCCAAGAACGACAGCAGAUCUUUCGUGAUAAGAUCAUGAAGAGCUAUCAGAAGGGCCGUCCAACCCAGCGAUUUCCUGUGGUUUGUACCAGUUACGAAAUGGUCCUUAGAGACCGCGCAAGCCUCUCCAAGAUUGACUGGGCCUUCAUCGUUGUUGAUGAAGGACAUCGCAUGAAGAAUUCCGAUGCCAAGCUUUUCAGGGAGCUACAGCAAUUCAAGUCAGCUACUCGGCUUCUCAUCACUGGCACACCUUUGCAGAAUAACCUCAAAGAAUUGUGGUCGCUUCUCCACUUCUUAAUGCCAGAAACGUUCCUCGAUUGGGAAGCAUUCGAAGUAUGGUUUGAUUUCAGUGAUCUACAAGACGAAGAGGGUACAACGCAGUUUAUUGAAGAUAAGAAAAACCAAGACCUCGUUUCCAAAAUACACAAAGUUCUACAGCCUCUACUCCUCCGCCGAAUUAAGGCAGAUGUAGCCAACUACUUACCAAGAAAGCGAGAAUACGUACUAUUUGCACCAAUGACUAAAGAGCAGACGGAUCUAUAUAAUGUGAUCGGCGAUAAGAAGACCGACACCAGAGCUUAUUUAGAAAAUAAGGUAGUCGAGCGGUUGACGGAGACCCGUAACAGCUCGGUCAGUACCGGAAGGUCGAGCCGGCAAUCCUCCCGCGCGAACGGUGCCCGAGUAAGUCAGGCGCCAUCUCCGUCCGCAAGUAAUGCGUUUGCCAUGAUGAUGGGUAAGAAAGGAGGUGCGACAUUGAAGGCGACAAUUAAGAAUAGUUCGCCUGCUCCUCAAGCUAAAGGGACUAGCAAACGAAAAGUCGCGCCGACUAGCGAAGCCUCAUCCCCAAAGAGUAGUAAAUCGAGCCGACAAUCUACUCCAGCCAGCAGCGUUCGAGGACGACCGCGCAGGGGUCGCCCUUCGUAUAAGGCAGCAGAUGACUCUGACGAAGACAAGUUGGAUGAUGAUGCAUUCGAAGCAAAACUAGCGGCUGAACUUGCUGCUAAAGAUGAUGAAUCUGAUGAAGACAUGAGGGAUGAAGAAGAAAUUGAGCGUGCAGCUACACUCGACCUUGCUAAGCUUCAAAUCGCCGACAAGAAACUUGGCAACCCCUUAAUGCAGUUAAGACUUGUAUGCAAUAGUCCUCACAAUUUCUACAGCCCAUGGACAUAUGGCGAUAACAUCCCGGUCGACGAGAGCAUUGUAACAGCUUCUGGAAAAAUGCUUCUCCUGGACCGGUUACUUCCAGAAUUGUUUGAACGUGGACAUAAGGUCCUCAUCUUUUCGCAGUUUAAGACACAGUUGGACAUACUUCAUGAUUAUUGUGCCGAAUUGCGUAAAUGGAAUGUUUGUCGCAUCGACGGAGGUGUCUCCCAAGAAGAUAGAAGACAGCAGAUUAAAGAGUUCAACGAGGACCCUGAGUUUAAGAUAUUCCUAUUGUCGACCAGAGCGGGUGGUCAGGGUAUCAACCUUGCGAGCGCAGAUACUGUGAUACUAUUCGAUAGUGAUUGGAACCCGCAGCAGGAUUUACAGGCGCAGGAUCGCUGCCACCGAAUUGGCCAAACGCGUCCAGUUGUUAUUUACCGACUUGCCACAAAGGGAACUGUCGAGGAAGAGCUUCUCCUUAGCGCAGACGCGAAGCGCAGGCUAGAGAAGCUUGUUAUCAAGAAGGGAGGAUUUAAGACAAUGGGCCAAAAGCUCGACAAUGCCGAGACUUUAGAUAAGGAGACACUUCUAGCCCUGUUGUUAAAGGACGGCGAAGUGUACCAGCAUUCAGGUGGUGACCGAAUUCUAAGUGACGAGGAUAUCGAUACCCUCUGUGAUAGAAGUGAUGAGGCCUUUGACCGCGCUGCUAGAGGCGCUGGCAAUGCCGCCGGUUUCCAAGUCGUCGAAACUGCCGCGGAUGGUAUUACUCAAAUGAAUGGAGAGUAG